AUGCAGGAGCGGCCCGCCCCGCCGCACUGCCCGCUGCACGGCCACGCAAGGUCGCUGCUUCCAAAGACCCAGGGGCCAAUGCAACCCACAGAGAUGAUGUUGAGUUUGACCGUGGUUCUGCUGGUGACGUGGACCUUGGGGAGAGCCCAGGAGAGCAUCUCCUGGGAGGUCCAGCGCUACGAUGGCUGGUACAACAACCUGCUGCACCACAGCCACGGCUCGGCGGGUGCCAGACUGUUGCGUCUCCUGCCAGCCAACUACGCAGAUGGUGUCUACCAGGCACUGCAGGAGCCCCGCGUGCCCAACGCUCGCCAGCUCAGCAAUGCGGUGGCGCGGGGGCCCUCUGGGCUGCCCUCCCGUAGGAACACAACCGUGCUGGCUGUCUUCUUUGGUUUCUAUGUGCUCUCGGACAUCCUGGAGGUGGAGAAACCUGGCUGCCCUGCUGAGUUCCUGAACAUCCACAUCCCAUCUGGAGACCUCAUGUUUGACCCUGCAGGCACUGGAGAUGUGGUCCUGCCCUUCCAGCGCAUCCACUGGGUGACGGAGACGGGGCAGAGCCCCAACAACCCCCGGGAACAGACCAACGAGGUGACAGGCUGGCUGGACGGCAGCUCCAUCUACGGCCCCUCGCACUCCUGGAGUGAUGCCCUGAGGAGCUUCUCAGGGGGAAGGCUGGCAUCAGGGCCCGGUGGGCGCCUCCCGAGGGAGACAGAUGGGAAGGUCCCCAUGUGGAAAGCGCUGGAUCCAUCCACAGGACAGGGUGGUCCCCAGGGGAUCUAUGACCUGGGGAGUGCCUGGGGGAAUGAGAACCCCUUCCUGCAGGCUGAGAGCAUCGCCUGGUUUCGGUACCACAACCACCUGGCUACAGUGCUGGCCAAAGCACACCCCACCUGGCCUGAUGAGGACCUCUUCCAGCAUGCUCGCAAGUGGGUCAUCGCCACUUUCCAGAGCAUCGUGCUGUACGAGUGGCUUCCGACCCUGCUGGGGAGAAGUGUCCCGGAGUACAAAGGUUACCAGCAGCACCUGGACCCCAGCCUCUCGCCGGAGUUUGUGGCAGCUGCAGGACAAUUCCUGGCCACCAUGGUGCCACCGGGUGUUUACAAGAGAGACCCCAGUUGCCAGUUUCAGGGAGUGCCUGGUCCCGGUGGCCCAUUCCCAGCAGUGCGGCUCUGCAACAGCUACUGGAGAAGAGAGAGCAUCGGGCCACAGCAGGCAGAGGAUGUGGACAACCUCCUGCUGGGGAUGAGCUCACAGAUUGCGGAGCGGGAGGACAACAUUGUGGUGGAAGAUCUCCAAGAUUACUGGUAUGGGCCCCUGAAGUACUCCCGCACCGACUAUGUGGCCAGCUGGUUUCAGCGUGGGCGAGACCUUGGCCUGCCCACGUAUAACCAAGCCCGGGAGCGAUUUGGGUUGGAGCCUCUCCAGAACUGGUCGGACCUUGCCCCACACCUGGAGCAACAGGUCCUAGAAAAGGUCGCUGCCCUGUAUGCCAACAACACGGCUGGGCUGGAGCUGCUCCCUGGAGGCAUGCUGGAGACUGACGGCUCCCUCUUCAGUGCCAUCAUCCUGGACCAGUUUGUGCGCCUGCGUGAUGGUGACAGGUUUUGGUUCGAAAACACCAAGAAUGGGCUGUUCACAGCAGAGGAAACCAGGCAGAUCCGUAACACCACCUUCCACGAUGUCCUGGCUGCUGUCACAGGCACAGACCCCACACAGCUCCAGCCCAACGUGUUCGUCUGGAGUGAGGGGGAUCCGUGCCCCCAGCUCCAGCAGGUCACAGCUCAACAGCUGGCCAACUGCACGCCCAUGAUGGUGCUGGAUUACUUCGAAGGCAGCGGCGCAGGCUUUGGGAUCAUCAUCGUUGUCCUCUGCUGUCUGCCUUUAGUGACUCUGUUUGUUGCCUGGAUCGUUGCCGUUCUCCGCAAGAGAGAUUUCAAGAAGCUGCAGAAGAAGCAGGGCUCCAAUGUGCAGAGAGAGGUGACCGGCGAGGCAAUACAUGCCAUGGAGUGGCAUGGUCCCAAGACAGACAGCUCUCCCGUCUACAUUCAGCUCCAAGCUGACAAAGUGCUCAAAGUGCUGGAUGGGAGAGGGUCUGUGCUCCGGACCAUCAGCCUGAAAGCCCAUCAAAGGGUGGAGGUGAUCCUCUCCAGCAACAAAGGGAACAAAGCUCUGCUCCUGAAGAGCCCCAAGGAGUACGACCUGGUGCUGCUUUUCAGCGAGGAGGCAGAGAGGAGCAACUUCAUUGGGAAGCUACAAGACUACUUGAAGGAAAGCGGCCUUGAUCUGCAUAUCUCUGAGAUGAAGGAGCAGAGCCUGAUGAAAUGGGCAGUCACCCAGGAACAGAGAAAACAAAUUCUGGAGACUUUCUUCAGGCACCUGUUUGCUCAGGUGCUGGAAAUUGACAGGUCCAAUGCUGGAGAGCUCAACUUUGAAUCUUCACAGAAGGCGAAGGAGUCUCUAACAUGUGAGCUGAGCAGGGCUGAGUUUGCUGAGGCCCUGGGACUCAAAGCCCACUCCAUGUUUGUGGACUCCAUGUUCUCCCUGGCUGACAAAGACAGCAACGGCUACAUCUCCUUCCGGGAAUUCCUGGACAUCUUGGUGGUCUUCAUGAAAGGGUCCCCAGAGGAGAAGUCCAAGUUGAUGUUCAGGAUGUAUGACAUUGAUGAGAAUGGGUUUCUCUCCAAGGAGGAGUUUCUGAGGAUGCUCAGGUCCUUCAUCGAGAUCUCCAACAACUGUCUGUCAAGAGACCAGGCAGAGCAGGUGACUGAGUCCAUGUUUCGGGCCUCAGGGUUUCAGGACAGGUAUGAGCUGACGUGGGACGAUUUCCACUACAUGCUGCGGGACCAUGACAGUGAGCUUCGUCUCACCCAGCUCUGCAUCAAAGGUGUCCCUGAGGUGCUCAAGCAAAACCUGCACAACCGUGUCUCCUUCAUAAAAAAGAAAGAGCCAAAAGGGGCGAAUCAGUACCAGCUGCAUUUGUACACUGAAGCGCAACGGAAGAAGUAUGAGCGGAACAAAACUCAGCAGAAGAUCCAGGAGUUCAAGCGCUUCGUUGAGAAUUACCGGCGCCAUAUCAUCUGUGUGGUCCUCUUCUCUGCCAUCACCGCCGGCGUGUUUGCAGAGCGAGCCUACUACUAUGGCUUCGCAUCCUCCAGCACUGGAAUCGCACAGACCACCUUUGUGGGGAUCAUCAUCUCCCGGGGAUCAGCUGCCUCCAUCUCCUUCAUGUACUCCUACAUCCUGCUUACCAUGUGUCGCAACCUCAUCACAGUCCUGCGGGAGACCUUCCUUAAUCACUACAUCCCCUUCGAUGCCGCAGUGGACUUCCACCGCUGGAUAGCUAUGGCAGCCCUGAUUUUCUCAGUGCUCCACACUGCAGGUCAUGUAGUUAACGUCUACAUCUUCUCAGUCACACCUCUCAGUGUGUUGUCCUGCCUCUUUUCCAGCGUCUUUGUAGAUGAUGGGUCACAGCUCCCACAGAAGUAUUACUGGUGGUUCUUCCAAACUAUUCCAGGCAUGACAGGAGUGCUGCUGCUCGUGAUCCUGGCCGUGAUGUACGUGUUUGCCACCCACCACUUCCGACGUGUCAGCUUCCAGGGCUUCUGGAUCACCCACCACCUCUACGUGUUGCUCUAUGUCCUGGUCAUCAUCCAUGGCAGCUACGCGCUGAUCCAGCAGCCCCGCUUCUACAUCUAUUUCAUCAUCCCAGCUCUCAUCUAUAGUGCGGACAAGCUGCUCAGCCUGAGCAGGAAGAAGGUGGAGAUCAGCGUUGUGAAAGCCGAGCUCCUGCCCUCAGAUGUCACUCACCUCCAGUUCCAGCGGCCACUGGACUUUGACUACAAGUCUGGGCAGUGGGUGCGCAUUGCCUGCGUGGCCCUGGGCACCACAGAGUACCACCCCUUCACCCUGACCUCAGCGCCACAUGAGGACACGCUGAGCCUGCACAUCCGGGCUGUGGGACCCUGGACCACCCGCCUGCGAGAACUCUACUCCCCAGAGAGCCUGGCCCUCAUCGGCAAGCUGCCCAAGCUCUAUCUGGACGGGCCCUUUGGAGAGGGCCACCAGGAGUGGAACAAGUUCGAGGUGUCAGUGCUGGUGGGAGGAGGCAUUGGGGUGACGCCCUUUGCAUCCAUCCUCAAGGACCUGGUCUUCAAGUCCUCCAUAAACUCCAAGAUGCUGUGUAAGAAGAUCUAUUUCAUCUGGGUCACACGCACGCAGCGGCAGUUUGAGUGGCUGGCGGACAUCAUCCACGAGGUGGAGGAGGCGGACAGGAAUGACUUGGUCUCUGUGCACAUCUACAUCACACAGCUGGCCGAGAAGUUCGAUCUGCGCACCACCAUGCUGUACAUCUGCGAGCGGCACUUCCAGAAGGUGCUGAACAAGAGCCUCUUCACAGGGCUGCGCUCCAUCACCCAUUUUGGGCGCCCUCCCUUCAUACCCUUCUUCAGCUCACUGCAGGAGGUGCACCCCGAGGUGCAGAAGAUAGGGGUGUUCAGCUGUGGCCCACCCGGGAUGACAAAGAGUGUGGAAAAGGCUUGCCAGCAGCUGAACAAGAAGGACCAGACCUACUUUGCACAUCACUAUGAGAAUUUCUGA